CUGAGUCACACUGCUUUACAGUUUUGUUCUCUAAGGUAUUGAACGUCUCCUCCACACCUCGCCGCAGGUGACUGCAAGAUCUCUGAGCUUACUCUGGCUUACAGUAUAUACAGGACAGGCGUCAAAGCAUCCACGUAUAAAAGAUGUCUGCCUUCAGCUUGAGGAAAUCCACUGGAAAUGAGGCCAAGAGUGCCACUCUGGGAUCCGUCAACAGACAGAGUGUUAUACAAGAGACGAACAAGAGACGUACUCUCCUGCAGGACAACAGCUGGAUAAAAAAUCGGCCAGAGGAAGAAGAGGACAAAAUUAAGGAUGAAAAUUAUGGAAAAAACGUACUGAAUCGAUACAGAUCACAGGAUAACUUGGACUGGGACGCUGAUAAAGAAGAUACAAAACCAAUACAUAGCCGGUUUAAGUCGGAUGAUGCUUUGGACAGAAUCUCACUGAAAAACACAUCCGAAAGAGGAUCUAAAUCCGCCACUCUGGAAAGAGUACCAAUGAGCGAAAACACUGAAACUAAUAGUAAAAGACAAUCAUGGACCCCAGGAAACAAGACGACAUCCACAACUACAACUACGGAUGAAACCAAAAGGAAGUCCUGGGCCCCAUCAAGCAGAACCACAACAACUACGACCACAGAAACCAAACAAGUUAGCCUACCAAACAAGCAAGAAGGGCAGAAAAUCACCGUCUAUUCAUCAGAUACCCGGACUUCUGAUAAACCAGCAAGGUCCAGUUUCCUUGAAAGUGCACGAUCAAGGUUUGAAAAAACGGAUGAAAAGCCAAAACUUCCUCCAACCCCUACUUCACCUGUAGCCAGAACUCAAAAUGUUGAAGAGAAACCAAAAGUGGCACCUAAAGUUACUCCCACCAAAACUGACGAGAGGCCUUCUUAUCCUGCGAAGCCUGCUGUGGCAGAGAGUACAGAAAGAAGGAGUGUGACAGAAAGGAAGCAAAGAGGAGAUUUGGAUGACCUCAUUCAGAUAUCAGACAAUGCAAAAAAUGCACCAAAAAGGGAUGAAGAACUCAACAAUUUAAUUGAAAUUAAAAAAGUGAAGACCAGGAGUGAGGAUCUGGAUGAUCUUGUUUCUAUAACCAGUAACAGAAGCGCAACUAAGCCCACCGAUAACACUUCAAGUGUUCUAAGUCGAACUUCAACCACAUCCAACAAAGUUACAGAAGAUCCUUAUGAUGUGACAAGCAGACGCUCCACUACAACCAACAAAGUUACUGAGCGUACAACUUCAACCUACAAAAGCUCUGAUAAUCCAAUUGACAGUACAAGCCGCCGCUCGACAACGUCUACCACGACAACCUAUAACGCCAGUGAAGAUCCUUCAGUUGCUACAUCCCGCCGCUCAACUUCUACUUACAAAGCCGGUGAUGUUACCGUUACUCAAGAGACAAGUAUCUAUACCUUUAGCGCAACUAAGCCCACCGAUAACACUUCAAGUGUUCAAAGUCGAACUUCAACCACGUCCAACAAAGUUACAGAAGAUCCUUAUGAUGUGACAAGCAGACGCUCCACAACAACCAACAAAGUUACUGAGCGUACAACUUCAACCUACAAAAGCUCUGAUAAUCCAAUUGACAGUACAAGCCGCCGCUCGACAACGUCUACCACAACAACCUAUAACGCCAGUGAAGAUCCUUCAGUUGCUACAUCCCGCCGCUCAACUUCUACUUACAAAGCCGGUGAUGACACCACUGAUGCACCUAACAGGCGUUCAAAUGUUACCGUUACUCAAGAGACAAGUUACUCAUAUCCUUCGUCAGAUUACUCCUCUUACAGACCUUCCUAUGAUGAUUCAAGGAAGCCAACUUAUUACAAUACAUAUGAAGACAGCGUCACUGCAAAUUCUAUUAAAACUGUUUAUUCUACCUCCGAUCGGUCUGUCAUUGAAAAGGACAUGUGUACAUAUUGUCGCAAGCCUCUUGGCAUUGAGGCUAAAAUGAUACUGAAGGAUUUGAAUAUAUCUUGCCAUGCAACUUGCUUUAAGUGCGAGGCCUGUUCUGGUGAUUUGGGGGGACUGAAGGCUGGAGACAGUAUGUGGAUCUACAAGCAGACCAUACACUGUGAACCUUGUUAUUUUUCAGCAAGAGAAAAAUGGAUUGUUUAGAUGCGGAAGAUCAGAAGGAAGAACAUGGGGAUUAUGGAUUAAGCAACAUCAAAAUAUAAUAAUAUCAUUUAAGGCAAAGACUAAAUCAAUAUAUAUGUUAUAUGUAAUUCUAUGCACGGUUUUUGGCUACAUUUUUUUGUAUGGGUAUAGCAGAUAACAUGUUUGAAAUACAUCAGUUUUCAUACCAAAA